AUGAUCGGCGUUCUUGGAGCCUCUGGUACGAUUAGCAGCCUACUGGUAUCGAAGCUGAGCGGUCAAGAACAUGCAACUCGUGCGCUUGUUCACCACUCUAAAGCGGCAACGCAGCUUGCUCUCCCUCAUGUUGAGGUCCAAAUUGGAGACUACACCAACGAUCUUGAAGUCCAGAACCAUAUCAUCGACCUGGCGAAAGACGCAAGCGUAAACGGCAUUACCCAAUUAUCCGCCUGGACAGCCGCAGAAGACUCGCCCUUGUUGCUUAGUCGGCAGCAUCACGCCAUAGAAGUUUACCUUGCUGCCAGUGGAAUACCGUAUACCAUCUUGGAGCCACACACAUUUAUGCAGACCACAAGCAUGGCUUUCGCUGAGGAGAUUGGUCGCAACAGUACCAUGACCUCUUCCGUCACAUCAGAAGCUGGUAUAUUCAUGCUAGAUGUACGGGACGUUGUCGAGGUUGCAGCCGCUGUUGUCGCCCAUGCCCAACAUCGCGGUGAGACUUUAGUCAUUCACGGCCCCGAGCCACUCUCGUAUGCGGAUUGUGCAAGACUGAUCUCCAGACACCUUGGCCGGGAGAUCCGAUACCAUCUGGUUUCCUACUCUGAGGCCAAGGAACGAUUCAUGAAAGCUGGAAUGGGAGAAUUCCUAGCCGACACACUUACUACACUCUCCCAGAUGUAUAACUCUUGUAGAUACGAGCCUGCGUUAAAUACAGUUGUUGAGGAAUGGACCGGACACCCUCCACGAACAUACCAAGACUUCUUGGAAGAGUGCCCUGAUACUUCUCAGUGA